CAGGGAGCGUGGCAGUCCGCUCAGACACUCAGAGAUGCUCCUGGGGCCCCGGGCCCAGGCGGCGCCGCCCCGCUGCAGCUCGGAGUGCGCCAGAGCGAGCCCACUAGGGCUCUGAGCGGGCCGUCCCGUCCCGUUCCGCACCAUCCCGUCGGUGACAAUGCGUCUGCUAAACGCGUCCGUCCAAUCGGCGUCGGGGUGGCACCUCCCCGUGGCCAUGGCCAGGACGGCGGCGGCCUCGUCGGGAGGUGCAGGGUCGCUCGGGUCGAACUUCCCCCCGGAGCACAUGGGCAUGGUGCACGAGCACUGGAGGCAGUACGAGGCCCUCAGCAUCUACUGGCACCUUGGGCUCGCCAUGGUCUACACCUUCCUCAUGUUCACCUCCCUCAUCGGCAACGGGCUCGUCGGCUACGCGUUCCUCACGUGCAGGGGCCUGCGCACGCCUUCCAACAUCCUGAUCUUCAACCAGGUCGGUAUGGACUUGAUGAUGUUCGUCAACAUCCCCUGGUUCGUCGUCAACUCGGUGGCGGGCCACUUUGUCGGCUGGGAGACGGGAUGCGACGUCUACGGGUUCUUCGGCUCCGUGGGGGGCAUGGGGUCGGCCAUGAACAAUGCCAUCAUCGCCUUCGACCGAUACAGAACUAUCGCGUUCCCGAUAGACGGCCGUAUGUCGGGCAAGCAGACGACGGCGCUCGCCAUCUUCGCGUGGAUCUGGGCGAUGCCGUUCUCCAUCUUCCCCUGGGUGCAAGUGCUGGGCGCCAAGUACGUGCCCGAGGGCUUCCUCACGUCGUGCUCCUUCGACUUCCUCACGGAGGGCGACGAGACCCGCUUCUUCAUGGCCACCAUCUUCACGUGGGCCUACGUCAUCCCCGUCACGCUCAUCAGCAUCUUCUACUCCAAGCUGUACGGCAAGGUGCGCGAGCACUCCAACAUGCUGGCCGCCCAGGCCAAGAAGAUGAACAUGAAGAGCCUGGCGAGCAACGCCGACGCCGACAAGGAGUCGGCCGAGAUCAAAAUCGCAAAGAUUGCCUUCACCAUCUUCUUCAUGUUCAUCGCCGGCUGGACGCCCUACGCCGUGGUGGCGUUCAUAGGCGCCUUUGGGGACAGGAGCAUCCUGACGCCGCAGGUGACGAUGUUCCCCGCCAUCGCCGCCAAGGUCGUCUCGUGCAUAGACCCCUGGAUCUACGCGCUCAACCACCCGCGGUUCAGGGCAGAGAUCGAGAGGAUAGUGCCGUGCCUCAAAGGGUCGCCCAAGAGGCCCAAGACGGACGCGAUGAGCGACGGCAAGUCGGUCGCGACGGAGGCGACGGGCGACGCAUCGUAGUGGCGCUGCGACACACGGAGUAGCGACUCCGCUGGUGCGGUCUCUGCGACUCGGGGUAUCGCUCAACGCUGGAAUGGUGCUGCUGGUGCUCCGGUCUGCUGGACAGAUGGAGUUCGCCACGCCACGCUACAGGGUCCCGGCCGGAUGCGAGCCGCUCGGACCGGGACUAACGACACGGCAAAGGACAUGGCAACGAUUUGGGGCUCAGCGGCCAACCGGCUGCAACGCAGGUGAACAGUCAGUGGCCUCUGAUGCGAUCCAGGUGGCAGCUCAGAUCUGAAUGACGUCAAAAACAAUGUCAAACUUUACGUCAUUUUUACAAAAAAAUGUUUAGACUAGGUGCAAACUUGGCUGACGUUUUGACGUUUUUUCCCGACAUCAUUUUGACUUGUGCUCUGCCUUGGAAUUGGAACUCCUGUUAAAGCCUGCUCACAUUCACAGCGAAACACAAAUUACACAAAGCAGCCCUCCCCGCAAGUAAGACACCUAGCUAAAGCCAUAAGACAACCGCAGAAACUGUUUCGUUAACAUUUCCUCACUAAUCGUUUUCUCAAUAAAAAAAAAACUUAGCUCUAAAAUCAAAAUUAAAUGAAUAUUCCAAAUUUCGAGACAUUUUUGGUCUAAGGUUAGUCCGAUGCUGCUGCUACAGAAAAAUCCUUGACCCGAACCUUUCCCUUCUCCUUUCUCUCUACUAUUAACUGCACUAGAAAGUGCACAAAAAUGUAAUAAAAAGAGUCUUUUUCUACGAUUUAAUGAAAUAGAGCCAGGCUUUUUAUUGUUUAUCUUGAAACUUUCAUAAUUUUCAACAAUUUGAAGUAAGUUGUACAGUUCAUUUUUUGAAAACCAUGACGUUAAGCUCUUUCUGGCAUUUGCCUAACCGUGCUAGACUGGUAAGAAGAGAUCUCAAACCUUCACCGUAUUUCAAACACGUAUUUUGGCCUCUAAAUCAAAAAUUCGGUGAUGAUAAGUAAUUGUCUCGGGUUCUAAAGACUUCUAUCAUGCUGCUUUCUCGCACUUCCUCUCGUCUCAGCGGGUAAUCAAUCUAAAUUCCCACAACAUGAAUAAAAUAAAAGUAGAAAAUGCUGUAAAGGAUCCCUCUGGACGGGCGGAACAACCAUGCAUAUGAAUGCGAAACUGUGAUACUAUUCCCUUUCAAGCGUCCGGAGACAUUUCUGCAACCGACGGUGCCCGUCUAAAAUUCUACCUCUGUUCCCAUGCAGCGUGUAAGUAGGAGAAAAAUGUAACCCAGUUUAUUUGAACCAGUUUUUUUUACAAUCAGAAUGAUUAUUACUUGAUUUUACUAUUAAGGAAUAAGUAAGUAAAUUAAUUCAGUUGAUCUACGAUCGGCUCGCCCACAGAACGAAAAGAAUCUGAAGUUACUCAAACAUACUAGCACGAAAUUUACUGUGAAAGAAAAAGAAAACAUAAGCAGCCAUACAGUAAAAUCGUCUUUCUUGGCAUGUAAACGUACGCACAGAUUCCACGUGUACGUAUCGUCUGUGGGCCCCUUUUCUUUCUCCUCUCUGGCGACGAAUUUUGCUGAACAAAGGCGACGAGUAUUGACUUUCCUCUCUUAGACAAAUAGUUACACACGAAAAAUAAAUUUCAAAUGAGCAUGUCA